AGGGRGAAAACUUGGAAUCAAGGCGCAAUCACGUCAUUUUCAACGAAUCACGAAUCGARAAGUCACGCAUAGAGUUCCGCUGGGCAGCAARAKUGCAGGCYCUCGGUGGGUGAUUGUGGCGGAAGUGGUCAAAAUGUAUAAUCUCAAAGUUUCUUACAAAGAAGCCCUGAAUUCUCGACGACAUUUAUUGUUAAAAUGUACAAAACAUACAAAGUAAGGUAUCUAUUUUCAAUUUUUGCUAUUUGAUGGAUAAAGGUCCGUCUAAAGACGAUUUUUCAAGCGAAAAUUCGCGAAGUUUAACCAAACACUUCACAUCGCCUGCAGAGGAACGCUUUUCAGUUUCCAACCUCACGAAUAACCAUGCAUCCGUGCUUGAGGACAGUGGACCAUUCAUUGUGUUUGUCCUAUCGUCAUGGGAUAAUAUUCUUGGUCCAAUCCUUCGACAUGUUUGGCUUGGAACGAGCAACCAGCUARCACAAGAGGAUUGSGUGAAAUACGUUGUGUCACGCACUCUUAGUGGGGAACUUUUGCGUGACUCUCCUGAAAACAUUGUAGAUUCGAAACUUUUUAUUUUAAAAGAAAAAGAUAUAAUUUGCCAUUCGUUUAUAUUUUCUGGAAGAGACAAGAUGAGCUCCAAUAUCUCUUCUUUUUCACUUGUUACUCCGUAUUUGUGGUUUAAAAGUUAUUCGCCUUUGAUUGAUCUUAUUGAAGAAAGAUGCAAGAUUCUCCUUGCGAAGUUAAGGGUUCUUCUUACUAAGGAUAUUUCAACAGCGUAUCCACGAUUUACAGAAUAUCUUCAAAUAUUUGUAAAUACUAUUACAAGUUUAAAAGAGUAUAGUCUCUCCAAAGAAAUAAAGCUGAGCGAUACAGUCUUUGGAGCAAGCAGCCCAGACUACCAUGGAGUAUUUGACAAGGUCUUUAUGCUAAGAGCAAUAACUUCACAUCUUCAAACAUUUGGAAGUACAGUUGUAGUUGGAUUGUCACCUGAUAGAGUUAACCUGAUGGUCAGCAGCCUUGGGAUGCUUUUAUCACCAGAAGAGCGCUGURCAUCUUUAUGUGCUGUUAGAAGAAAAGAAAAGAAAAAUAGUGUGUACGAACCAGACUUGUUUGUCCAAGGAAUGUUGAAGGAUGAGAAUAGUGGGUUAUCAAUGCCUCUGAAGAGCAUUGCUACUAGUUUACACCCAACCACUUUUAUUGAUGUUGACACCUUUGAAGUCAAACAAACCUGCCUUUUUCAUGAGCACACUCUCAAACGCAAAGAAUUUCUGGAYGAUUUGCUGGCUUUGAUUUGGGAAGAUCUUGAAGAAAUGCCAGAAAAUCCAAAUCUGGUAGUGUUCAAUGAAGUUGAGGACAUAGGAACCUUAGURCAGACACUAAUGAAUGAUUUAAGCCUUCUUCCUGCAGUUGACAAUGCAAGGAAAAGUUUCAUUUCAAGUUUCUUAAGACUUCUGGAUCGUAAAGCUUUGGCUCUUAUAAAAUAUGUAGAAGCAAAAUCGAACAAAGGAACAAAGCCACUGGAUAACAUAGCCAAAAGGCAAUUACAGCAAGAUCUACAAUUAACCACAGAGGCAGACUUCUUUAUUGUGUUAAGUCGGGCAGAAAAACACAAGCCAGGGAUUUAUGUAUUUUUCAUGGGUGACCCUAGGCAGACUGUUGCUAGGUUACAAGCCAUACUGGAGUCACUCUAGURUCGGUAGAGUCUAUUUCUUUGACUUGCUUGUCAUAAAACAUACAAAGAGCCUGUGUGYMUCAGAAAAUACAGCUCUUUGUACAUUGCACAAGUGGAAUUCUUGCUAUGARCAAAGUCUCUUUAUUUUGUGAUUAGUAAUGGUAUGAACUGAAGUAAUGAAGGUGAAAAUAGUCAAACAAUUUUAAAACAAAUUUAGCCUGCAUUUUUAAGUUUAUAUAUAUGUAUUGCAGUAGACACAAAUUUAUAUACCAGUAAGUAUAGCAGCUUUUCAAAUGUACGUGCAAAUAUAUCAAUUUUUUAUAUUUUAUUGCAACUUCUCAAUGUUAACUAUCAAUAUUUUCAUUAUGUUUGCUUUAAGUAACAAUGUCCAGAUUACAUGUGAUGCAGGGUAAAGAAAGGUCCUGUUGCUUGGAAACAGUUGUCAUAGCAAUAACUAUAUACAUGUGAUCAAACUCAUCCUUGGUAACAACUGUCAUAGCAACUGAUAUUUCCUUCAUCACUAUAGUAACGUCUUUCUGUGACAAUGUAUCUAUUGACAAAUGGAUGACUAAWUUCAUUGCCACGAUGACUAUGUCAAUCAUGUUUCCAUAGCAGAAAAUCUCUAUGGCAGCAUUUGAUUUUUYCACCCUAACUUGUUGACGUUGACUUGAGAGAUAAAUAAAGUUUCCCCUUGAUUUUGUUCUG